AUGUUAUGUCAAAUUUGUAAUACAAAUGAAUCAAAAUAUAAAUGUCCAAAAUGUAAUAUUCCAUAUUGUUCAUUGGCAUGUUACAAAUCAGAAUCACAUAAGGAACCAGAACAAAUAGAAAAGCCAAAGUCGAAUAAAAUUGAAAUCGCAUCUGAUAUCAAUUCAAAUUCAAAAUUUGAUAAAUUUUUAAAAGAUUCAAAGAUUCAAUAUUUAUUAAAUGAACCUGUUUUACAAUUUCAUUUAUUAACUUUGGUGAAAAUACUUAAUGAUGAUCAAGGAAAUUUUGUUUCAAAAGGUUUAAAUCAUGAUCAAAAAUUAGAUGUCUUGAAUUUGAAACUACAAGAUUUAAGAGCUGGUGGAGUUGAAGAAAAUGAAGCUAUUGAAGAAUUUGUACAGAGGAUUUUUGAGUUAGAUCAAGAAGAAUCUUGA